AUGGCUUCUCCGUUUGGAAGUGUCAUACCUUCUAAUGGGUUCAAUAUCUUUUUAAGCUCAUCUAAUAAUGGUGAUACAAAUGCCAAAAAAUACAACCAAAAUGGUGAUUCAAACCGUCGAAAACAUGGCAAGACCGUUGGAAUUAGUCCACCAAAGGGGAGAAACUUCAAUUCCAGUGGAUUCAAAUUAAAUAAAUCAAAUGCUUUCAACAAGAGUGAUUCGAAUGCUUUCAAUAAAGCUGAUUCAAAUAUUAAACCAAAGAAAAAGGUAAUGCCUAGGAGUAAUCAGAAUCAAGAUUUAAUGAUAGGUUCAGUAGCUGCAAAUCCUGAGUCAAUGGGUUUUAAGCGAAUUAAAUAUAAGCCUAGAGAAGUCCCAAGGUUCUUAAUUGGACAACAGCCCCAAUUCACCUCAAGAAAUUUUGCUCAAGACCCUUGGGAUAAAGCAAAUCAAAAGAAGAUGUCUCAAUUGGAAAACUCAAUUGAUGAUUUAACUGAAUUAUAUGAAACACUGAAAAAGAUGAGAGAUUUCGAACGUAAAAUUAUGGAAAACAAAGGGCUAGUAGAUAAAGCUGACUUUGCAAAAGAUUUAACAGAAGCUAUCAUUUUUCAAGGUACUUGUCAGGAUAUGUGUCCAAUUUUUGAAAGAGCUAGAAGAAAUGUGGAAUAUACAGUUUAUUCUUAUGAAAAAGAUGAUCCAAAUAGUAAAAAAGCGUCAGUAAAUAAAGCUUUGAAAGUUUUUGCAAGACCUGCCGCUGCCGCUGCUCCACCUUUACCUUCUGAUGUGAGACCUCCACAUGUUCUUGUCAAGACAUUAGAUUAUAUUGUGGAUAACUUAUUGAAUACUUUGCCAGAUAGCGAAGGGUUUUUGUGGGAUAGAAUGAGAUCCAUUAGGCAAGAUUUUACUUUCCAAAAUUAUUCAGGUCCUGAAGCAGUUGAUUGUAAUGAACGUAUCGUAAGAAUUCACUUAUUAAUUAUUCAUGUGAUGGCAAAGUCAGGAAUAAAGUAUUCAUUACAGCAAGAAUUGGAACAAUUACAUAAAUCAUUAAUUACAUUAUCAGAAAUUUAUGAUGAUGUAAGAGCUCAUGGAGGACAUUCACCAAAUGAAGCUGAGUUUAGAGCAUACUCAUUGUUAAGUAAAAUAAGAGAUCCUGAAUAUGAUAAGAAUAUUCAAGAAUUGCCCGAUGAUAUUUUCAGUAAUGAGUUAGUUCAAUUAGCCUUAUGUUUUAGAAAAAUAAUAUCAAAUUCAGGUUUUUCAGAAAGAGGUUACAUCAGAACCCCGAAUUGUUUGAAUUUUUAUACCAGAUUCUUUCAAUUGAUGUCAUCAGGAAAAGUACCAUUCUUGAUGAACUCAUUUUUAGAGAUUUAUGUCAACGAAAUUAGAUUUUAUGCAUUUAAAGCUUUGUCACAUUCUCUAAAUAAGAAACACAAACCGAUUCCAUUUUCUUAUCUAAAAGAGAAUCUGUUAUUCAAUGAUGAUAAUGAGAUCAACGAAUUCUGUGAAUAUUACUCUAUAGAUAUUGUACCAGAAGGUGUAGAGAUAAAAACCAUGUCUCAUUAUUCCCACAAGUUGGCGGAAACGCAGCCAUUCAGACAAAGUUAUUUACGAUAUGUGGAAAAUCAGUUAUCUGAAAAAGCAUAUCCAGAAUUCAUUAAUUGUGGAAGGCCAAAUGUUAAUACCCUCCCAGAAUCAUUCGAGGAAACUACAAAAUCAAAAGAUAUAAACAUUCCACAAGAAAAAGUCAGUGAGAUUAAUAUCGUUACAACUGAAUUGGACGAAAAAAGAAAUGACUCUGCAGAAAGCUUCAAAAAUAACUUCAAUUCAACUUCAUCUCUGGAAAAAAGCUUUUCUCCUCAGAUAUUUGAACAACCCCCCAAAACUAUUUCUCAUUCAUUCAACAUACCUGCAAAAAUUGCGAACAAUGUACCGUUGACGAAUGAAGUUAAAACUCCAACAAGCAAUAUUUUUAAUUCCAUAGGGAAACCUAAGAAUAAUAAUGAUAGUAUCUCAUUUCUGAAUAGAAACAAAAAAGACGAUUUGAAUUCUAUAGAAAUAAAGAAAACGAAUUCUCCAGUGACCAAUUUUCCUUCCAAAGAAGAAAAUGUUCUCAAGUCUACAGUUUCUAUUCCAGAAAUCCCUAAAACAACUAAUCUCUUUAAAGGAAUUGGAAAAGUGGAAACUCAAAAGAAACCUGAAACACAGCCAAUUUUUAAGGGACCAGAAAUUAAUAAUGUAGAUUUGUCAAAGCCGAAGGCAAUUGGAGCUCAAACGUUUAACAUGCCACCAAAAGCAGCUGGCUCCGAUAUAAUUGUUAAGCAAACAAUACCACAACCAACUCAGAAGGUAGAAUCGUCGAUGAACGCUUUUGACCAAAAUUAUGUUACUGAAGAAACUCUAAGGAAAAAAAGAAACCAAUUCAUUGAUAAGUUGGCCAAUGAGUUGUAUUAUGCAUUUCUGCAUGAACGUGUAUUUAUAACUUUCAAUGAAUCUAAAGCGGAUAUUCAACAUAGUUCAUGGUUGAAGAAAAGAUUCUUUCAGCAUUGGAAGUUUUUAUCUAUUAAAAAAAGAAAACAAAAAGAACAAAUGAAAAAAUCAAGACAAGAAUAUAAAAAGGUGAAAAACAGCUGGGUGCAC